AGAAAUCGAGGUCAAGUAUGCGUGCACUACAAAUUGAGCGGGACUGACCAGAGACGGAAGAAGAACAACUUUAUGAUACUGACAUGAGAAGGAUGGAUUCGAGAAGUACUGUCUAGCUGAAUUCUUCGCGUUGGCAGAGACAUGGGAAGACUAAAGCGAGUACAGAGAUAAAUGUGCCAGAACCACAGGGCAGGUGCUUAGAUUGGUCCAAACCCGAAUCACUGAGGACUGGCCAAUGUCACUGUAGUGAGUCUUGGUCCCGUUCCAUCGUUGAAAGUCUGAUGCCAAGGAAAGCAUGUAUGACAGAUCUCUUUGUAAACUUGCUCAUCGAUGAGUCUUCAACAUAUGCUCUGAUUUUUCAUGGGUUCAAGGCUGCCAAACUAUCGGCCUAUCUCAUCGCCUUAUAUGUAUCUGAGCAGAUCUCGCCAAACCCGCAGCCCAGUCACACUUCUAUCCAUCCCACAACCUUCGACAUGAAUUACUCCGGCUUGGGCGUGCUGGAAAACCUACCACCGGAAGUUCGGGCCAUGAUAUUCGAGUUUGCCGUCACCUGGAGCAGCGACGACACGUACGGAAAUUCGAUCAGUGAGAUCGAAGAUAAACGUAGGAACUUGAUCAAACCCGGACUCCAGGACAAUGCUAGCAGUCAACUAUACAGAGAACUGCAGGCAGCCUGGUCCAGAGUCUCAGUCAUCAGGGUGGCUGCUCGACAUAUCCAGGAUCUGGAGCAGUAUCUCAGACGUGAAUGUGAUUUGGCACGUUGUUCAAGAAACAUCGGUGCAGUUCACACGGCCUAUCCAGAAUAUUCAGAUACCGAUUGCUCCAAAUGUUUCAAAGCAUUAAGACAAUGUCACAAAAAUCUUGGGAUACCUGCAAAAAGGUUAUGUGUGGUUGUCGCAUACAGGGAUGUCCGGUAUCGAGAUCCAUUUGGUUGUGGAAUUUUGUUCGACGGACCCUCCUGGCUCGAUAUUCGCCGCCGUGUCCCCAAAAACGCACACGGCGCGCCACUAAGCAUCGAAAUCAUCAUGGGUGACAGAGCAGGUUCUGUGGAGAACUUGGACAGAGCCUGCGCAACAACGGAGGCUCUGCUGCGUCAAAGUCUUACAAAGGCUCUGAGCUCCUGCGAAGUAAGAUAUCCAAAGCGUACCCCUAUCAGGAUCAGAGGAGAAGAACAGAGGAUGGCACACCUGAGGAGUAUCAUCAACGAUGGAAUAAACAAGGUGGAAAAUGUAUCUGCAUACCUCAGAAAGCGACAACUUCCGCUUAUCGCGGAAGCGAUGAACUUCUGGUCUGAAGACGAUAGUAAGGUGGAGGCAGAUUGAGCAGGAAAAGGGGUACUUCGACCCUUGAUGUUAACGUAAACUUGCUCGAUGACGAAGCUGAAAUAAUAUCUACACCCA